UUUCCAGACUACAUCCGAAAAACAAAUAGAAGAAAAAUACAUGACAUGUGGGAAACACAGAAACUGCUACUGUAGUUUUAAGAAGGAUUUUGACUUUCUAAACGUUUGAUAUAAUCUAAUGAAAGCAUGAUAUCGCAGAAACACGUGUGACACAAGUAACUUACGCGUUGUUUGCAUUCGACCUCCGCUCGCAGUAAGAGUGCAUUCUGAAAAAAAUAUGUGUUGAAUUUCAUUUGAACAGAACCGGUUUGAUCAUGAAUCUCCGCGUUACUCUCGGGUGUUGUAGUAGAGUCCGGUUGUUUCGGAAUAAGGCGACUGUCUACCUUUGCAGGAGACUGUCAGAUGUUCCCAUCUCAGCUGAUGAGAAGCCCAGGAGAACACGGAGAGCUCCGGGGAAAGCGUCUGUCCUUCUGUUCCCCGGGCAGGGCAGUCAGUUUGUCGGUAUGGGAAAAGGACUCCUGAAGUAUGCAAAUGUCAAAGAGAUGUUUGCUGUAGCUGAGAAGGUGCUUGGCUAUGACCUGCUGUCUCUGUGCUUAAAUGGUCCCGAGAAAGAUCUGAUGAAGACUGUUCAUUGCCAGCCAGCUGUGUUUGUUUGCUCACUGGCUGCUGUGGAAAGACUGAACCAUGAAAAUCCUGCUGCUAUUGAGAGCUGUGUGACUGCAGCAGGUUUCAGUGUUGGGGAAUUUGCUGCUUUGGUCUUCUCUGGCGCAAUGAACUUCGCUGAAGCUUUGUUUGCAGUAAAGGUGAGGGCAGAGGCGAUGCAGAAGGCCUCUGACCUAGUAUCUAGUGGCAUGUUGUCUGUGAUUGGCCAACCUCAGGCCAAGUACAAAUACGCCUGCGUCCAAGCUAGGGAGCACUGUUUGUCUCUCGGUAUCCAAGAACCUGUGUGCGCCAUUGCCAACUACCUUUUUCCAGAUGGGAGAGUAAUAGCUGGCCACAGAGAGGCUUUGGAUUUCCUUCAAAACCAUUCCAGAGAGCUGAACUUCAUGAGAACACGACUACUGCCGGUUAGCGGGGCCUUUCACACGGCAAUGAUGGAGCCAGCGGUCGAGCCUCAAAGAGACGUCCUCAGAAAGAUAGAGGUACGGCGGCCAGAGAUCUGUGUGCACUCCAAUGUGGACGGCAAGCGUUACAUGCAUGACAAGCACGUACGCAAUCAGCUGGCCAAACAGCUGGUGUCUCCGGUGAAAUGGGAGCAGACGCUACAUGAGAUUUAUGAAAGAGCCCAGGGGCAGGAGUUUCCUCACACCUAUGAGGUGGGACCUGGUAGACAAUUGGGCUCAACGCUACAGAAGUGCAACAUGAAAGCCUUUAAGAACUAUACGCAUGUAGAUGUUGUUCUGCCAUAGGACUGAUCAGUGAUUUGCAGUAAAAUUGUUACAUUUGGUUUUCUUCUUUCAGAUAAAAACAAAAAAAGCCAAACACUUUGUUUUCGUUUGAAAAUUUUUAUUGCGCUUGUUGGUUUGGAUAGUCCAGCUUCCUUUAGUAGUAGAGAAAUGCUUUUAGAGGAAGAGGUGACUAUUCAUUGGCCCAAUUAUCCAGCAACAGACCCAAAACACACACACACA